AUGCAACUAUUCACACCACUGACCAACCGCUUGUGGCUGAUCGAUGUAGCCUUCAGCUACACGCCGAAUUACGUAACAUAUCAAGAGUCGACAAACGGAAGCGAUGUUAUCACAAGCAACCCACCACAAGAAGCAGUUCAACAGCUUGUUUUGAGGAGACACAAAAGACCACUGAUCAAGUGCGUAAAUGAGGCACCCCUUGUCGAGCUGGAAAACGCAGACGACAUUUUCGAAGGGGAGGAGAAGGUGCAGGUGUUUUCGGAUGAACUGACCAAAGUCAUCCUAUCGUUUGGUAUGCACUUUGCACCUACAAAGUGUAAAGUCAUGUUCCUGGACGUGCAGUUACUGAACACACCACUUACAAUCCAGGGAGAGGUACUGAAAAUUGUGGAGCGUUUUACGUAUCUUGGAAGUUGUAUUAGUUCUGAUUGUAGUGUGAGAGAUGAGGUGAAUGCACGAAUCUGCAAGGCUCGGGUCGCAUUUGCGAAUCUGAGAACCUAUGGCGUCAGAUAUCAAAUGGACUUUCAGAAAUUAGCGGAUUGGCCAGCUACACCAAUCACAAGGCACAAUAAACGUUUGAAGAUGACUCAGUGGUUGGAGCACGAAUUUACAGACCGGAAGGUUCGUGGUUCAAACCCAAGCUCUGCCCUUCGACUUCAUAUGUAUAGGCUUGAGGAACCUGGCAGUAUCUUAACCCACGUGCUUCCUUUGGGUGGCAUGGCAGUUAGGCACCGAAAGUGUGUUACAGCUGAACGACUAGUACUACCAAGCUUACACAACACUACUCUAGUCAUGACAUCAGUGUUCAACACUUCACUGCCGCACUUCCGUCGUGCAAUUGAAAGCCUUAUUGUGAAGAAAUGA